UCCAACCUUUUUAAUUUUGAUGCUAUAAAUAACAAAUUUGAAUAACCAAUAUAAUUUACUGCAAGGAGUAUGCGCUUUGUUCGGUUUGGCUAUAAAUUAGACGAGCAUUUAUUUUCACAACGUUUGUUGUAUAUUUUCAUUCAGCUCCUUACAACGCCAAAAUUUGAAAUGAAUGAAGAAGAAACUAUUCACCCGAUAGUAGUCGAUGCAAAACGUCAGAGAUUAAUUGAGAAAUUUAUAGAUUCGGGAAAAUGGCCACUUGAACUUGAAGUCGAUUUUAUCGAAGCCCUUAAAAAAUGUCCUGCUCUUUGGGCAAAACAAACGGAAUCCUUUAAAAAUCCUUUGCUCAAGGCAUCUCAAUUAGAAAGGUUGGGGCUAGAAUUUUCCGGUCUAUCAGAGGCAAACAUAGUGUCAAAAAUCAAAUUGCUAAAAGAUAAUUUUACACGUGUUCAUAAGCAAAUAGCAGCACUUGAAAAUUCGAAUGAAGAUCAGAUGGUGAUUGAGGAUAAAAUCAAAGCGCUCAAAUCAAAAUGGCAUCACUAUGAACGAUGCGAAUUUUUAGCUGAACAUAUCAAACAUCGUAAUAGAGCAUCAAAAGAUGGAACAAAUGAAAACUCGCAAGAAUCGACGUCAUCAGGUUUUGCAAAUAUGGUCAGUUGGUUUACUUCGUCGAUGUCCUAUCCUGAAAGAUGGCAAGGAGCUGAAGAUCUUCCAUUUGUUAAAUUUCAGCCUACCGAAAAAAUGAGACAACAAAAGAAUAGCCAUAUCAAAAAUCAACGAUCUCGUUUAAUGCAACGUCAAAAAGAGAUGACUGAAUGUUAUAUGGAUGUUGAUUCAUUGGUCAAAACAAUGGAAAAACAAGAGGAAAGUUUGUUAAAAAGAGAACAGAUGCUUAAAGCGGAAAGAGAAAAGCUUUCAUUGAAUCCCUUGUUUAAUUAUAUACUUGGCAAGGAUCAUGUUGUGAAGAAAAUUAAUCCCAGCAAAAUUGAUGAUCUCAAAUUCGAACUUGACGGUGUUAUUGAUCGUUAUGCUCGUGAACAUCCCAAAUGAUUAUUUUU